UCUGGAAGCUCAACAUCGAUGACAAAACCAUCGCUCGCCUUGACCAGAACGGCCGCUUCACAGUCUCUCUUCUUCAAAGUGCUUUGGUCGGAAGUUUCUUCUCUUUAGCAAAAAUAUUUAAUUGAUUUUUAUAAAAAGAAAAUGAAGUGUUGGAAGCUGUGUGCGAUCCUCGCAGUCUUCACAAUCUGUUCUGUUGGACAGAUUAAUGGGACAAGACUCGAGGAGGUCUUCAGGUGGAAGGAAGUGGAGUACGAGUGGCCAGACGGUGUCAUUGCAAAGGACUACAAAGGAGCCAACAAUCUACCCCUGGGACUCGAUGUCUGGCGCAAUAAACUCUUCAUCACCGUACCGCGAUGGAAGGAUGGUGUGGCAUCUUCGCUCAACUACAUCGACCUGAACAGCGGCGUGAGUUCCGGGAAAUUGCGUCCAUACCCAAAUUGGGCUGCAAAUACACUACCUGUUGAUCAUGAACCUUCAGCCACCACCGAAGGGCCUCCCCGUGAUCGUUUGGCAGCUGCCUCUCUGCCCAAAGAUGUGGAGUCCCAUCCUGCCAGCAAUGAGACGAUAAUUUCCACAUUUAGAAUUCGUAUUGAUGAAUGCGACAGGCUGUGGGUUGUGGACACAGGAUUAGCGGACAUCCUCGGGUCUCCCAAGCAAUUCUCCCCUCCUGCCAUCCUCAUCUUUGACCUCAACACUGACACCCUGCUGAGACGCUAUGAGAUUCCCAGCGAGAGCAUCGAUGAUGAUUCCUUCUUCGCCAAUGUUAUUGUGGAUGCAGACAAGGCGGCGUGUGGGGAUAGCUUUGCCUACAUUCCUGAUCUUGGAGCUUACGCCGUCCUUGUGUACUCCUUCAAGGAUAACAAAUCCUGGCGCGUAAAGCACAACUUCUUCCACUUUGAUCCCCUUCAGGGUGACUACAAUGUUGCCGGAGUGAACUUCCAGUGGACUGAUGGAGUCUUCGGGAUGGCCGUUGGGAAGCCUCUGCCCGAUGGCAGUCGCCUUGUCUACUUCCACGCCUUGUCCAGCACGAAGGAGUUUGCUGUGCCCAACAAAGUUCUCCAGAAUGAAACUUAUUCCACCGGUUCUGAUGCUUACUACGAGUACAAACUCCUCGGAGAUCGUGGACAAAACAGCCAGUCUACAGCUGAAUUCUACGAUCCCAGCACUGAAGUUAUCUUCUACACCCAGGUCAAUAGGGACGCUAUUGGAUGCUGGAACACCAAUAAACCCUUCAAUCCUGAUAAUCAGGGACUCGUGGAUUCAGACUCAGAGGCACUAGUCUUCCCCAAUGAUCUCAAAGUCGAUCCCAGCGGUACACUCUGGGUACUCUCUGAUCGUAUGCCGGCCUUCAUCUACAAACAACUCGAUCCCCAGCAGCACAACUUCCGGAUCCUCCGGGCAAAUACCAAGCAAAUCAUCCAGGGAACUCCUUGUGAUCCCUAAAAAUCCCAGCAGAUUCGUGUGAAGCAUGAUGUUGUAGCAUUUAGUAGAUUUCCCCGCGAUGGGCAUUUUGGACAGCAUUGAUGACAUAUUGAUUACAAUUUGUAGACAAUUAAAAUGUACAAAAUAAGUUUUCAAAUAAAUUCAGUCACUAAAAAUUAAUAAAAAA